CACGUGUGGAUCCUUUAAUACCAGCUCGCGUUGUAAUCAGAAUAGAUGAAUAGGAAAUUUAGCGCGCGAAUAGGAGUAUGGCGAUUACUUUCGAAUGGUUUUGGUAUACAAGCAGUGUAAAUCUUAGACAUUCACAGCCACUUCCUCCAUCUUUCUCCAAAUGGCUAUUGCCCAAGCAAGAGAUCAAUGGAAUGUGAUACGGCAGCAAAAGUAGUGGAAGCAGAGAAUAUAACAAUGGCAGAAGAAAAUGCAAAUCAUAAAGAAAAGGAAGCAACGCCUAGAAGAAUGAGUGAAGAAUAUAGAAAGCCUAAUGUGACAGAACAACACAAAAAGCUCAAAGCAGAAUUAGAAGAAGAAAACGCAACGGUGUUUGAAGGGAUAUCUUCUGCUUCAGAACAAGGAAAGGUGCUGGGUCUCUUCUUCCCUAUCUUUUAAAUUAUCAACACCGGAAUAAACUGUUUUAUUUGGAUAAUUUAUGGAGCAACUAAAUGCUAAUGUUAAGAGUGAAGUAGACUAUUCCCACUUUGAAAUCUUAGAAAAGGGUUUAGGAAAGGACCUGAUAAUGGUUGGGAGAUUCAAUGUUCCACUUCGUCUGGCUCCCAUUGCAGACCGAAUCUAUGAUAUUUAUGGUGAUAUUACUGCUAGCAGUACGCAAAGUGAUUGUGCAGCUAAACCUAGCUAUAUUCUGUUCUGUGCUGCAAUCAAAGAGAUGGAUGAUCUCAAACUAGACCAGGUCAACGAGACUAAAAUAUUGUUGUGGCGAGAUGCAAUCAACAAUGCCCACAACCUUCAAUUCGGAGUGGGUUUCGCCAUUGAACACCUGAAACGAAUUGCUCGUGCAUAUAUUGGUUUUAAAGCAAUACUAAAGACAUGCUCAACAACAAAGAUGGAUUCGUCGAGGAUUGUUUCCGUGCAGCUAAAUAUUUCUUGGGCAAGCCUCUUAGCAUCGGUCUGUUCCAUUAGUAUUAUUCUAGCAUAAGCCAUUAGCCAGGCCGCCUUUCUCUUCAACACUCUUUUUAUGUUUUUGCCUUUGUAACAUCUUAGUGUCUUUCUAUGUUUAAUCAAAUAGCAUUUACGAUCUUCAAUUUAUUCCCAAAAUAACUUGUAGUAUUUCUUCUUCUUACCCUAAGCUGCAUGUAGAUUCAGGCACUACGAUGAA